CAGCCGUGACGUCAGCGGUUGCCAUGGAGAGGCCCGCUCAGUCGCGACCGCGAGCUGGCGCCAGGGGCCGCCGGGUCGGAGCGUGGCUUUGAAGCUGCUUCCGCUACCACCAUGAGCGGCCGAAGUAGGGGUAGAAAGUCCUCCCGCGCCAAAAACCGGGGCAAAGGCCGAGGCAAAGCCCGAGUUCGCGCUGCUCCUGACGACGCCCCCCGCGACCCGGACCCAACACAGUGCCAGAGGCUCGGGGAGGAAACCCAGGCGGCACAGGUGCAGGCUGGCGCGGGUUGGGGUGGCCUGGAAACCGCUGCGCCCGCGCCGCCCCGUCGGCCCGGGGAGGAGGCUGCCUGCCGGCUCCCCCUGGAUUGUGGCCUCGCGCUCCGGGCCCGAGCUGCGGGGGGUCGCGGGCAGGCUGCGACCAGGCCCGGCCUGGGGAAGGCCACAUCCCUCUCGGAGCGCCUAGCGACAGACACGGUCUUCGUAGGAACCGUGGGAACCGUGGGAAGGCCAAAAAAUGGCCCCCGCGUUGGAAAUCGGCGUGGUGCUGCUGGGAAGAAGGCCUCAGAAACCUGUAGCGCAGCGGGGAGAGUACCUCAGGCCCUAGCUGGUGGGAAGCUGAAGAAAGGGGCCACUGGGGAGAGCGUCUCCGCCCCUGUGGGAGAAGAAACGAAGGUGGAGAAGGAUGCAGGGUCAGCGCCCCUGGCGACAGAUGGCAGCAUGGAUACGCUGGAGACCGUCCAGCUGAAGCUGGAGACCAUGAACGCCCAGGCGGACAGGGCCUACCUUCGGCUCUCGCGCAAGUUCGGGCAGUUGCGACUGCAUCACUUAGAGCGCAGGAACCUCCUCAUCCAGAGUAUCCCAGGUUUCUGGGGGCAGGCUUUUCAGAACCACCCCCAGCUCUCAUCCUUUCUGAACAACCAAGAUAAAGAGGUUCUCAGUUACUUGAACAGCCUGGAGGUGGAAGAGCUUGGCCUCGCAAGAUUGGGCUACAAAAUCAAGUUCUACUUCGGGCGCAACCCCUAUUUCCAAAAUAAGGUGCUCAUCAAGGAAUACGGGUGUGGGCCUUCGGGUCAGGUGGUGUCUCGUUCUACUCCAAUCCAGUGGCUCCCGGGCCAUGAUCUCCAGUCGUUAAGCCAGGGCAACCCAGACAACAGCCGUAGCUUCUUUGGGUGGUUUUCAAACCACAGCUCCAUUGAGUCUGACAAGAUUGUGGAGAUCAUCAACGAGGAACUGUGGCCCAAUCCCCUGCAGUACUACCUUAUGAGUGAAGGGGCCCGUGCAGAGAAAGGAAAGGAGGGCAGGCAAGGUCCAGCAAGGCAGCCAGUGGAGACCCCUGAGCCUGGGGCAAACAAGUCCAACUGAUCCUGCACUAGUCUCCCUACUACCUCCUGUUGGACCUGUGCCUAGCUAACCACGUGUGUUUGGCCGUCUGCCUUCUCUUCAUGUUGGCCUCUGUGCACUGUAUUCCCUUUGGACUUCAGUUACAAGAAUAUGGUAUUUAUGAUCAUGUUCUUUGGCCCCCUCGUGGCCUUGCUUUUUUCACAUUAGUGUUACACGUUAAAUGAUCUCACCCCUACUGUUUAUACGUUAAGCACACAUGCUUCAAGUGUGUGCUGUCUUUGUCUACAUUGCCUGGACUGUGUUCUUGGCUCUGGCCUUUCCCAGCUGUCUUUAACAUGGACACUCAUGAGUCAUCCUCCACAAGGACCAGUGCAUCCUCGAGCUCUGCUGCUCCAGGGCCAGUGACUUGCUGAGCUUUGUGUUCAUGCUGGCCAUGCGUGCCAUCUGUGGCAAAGUCUUCUGUUGCCACUGCAGAAUGAAGCUAGCACACAUGGUAUUGGCCAUCAGCCAAAAGUGAUUGUUCCAAGGCCCUGGGGCCACCAGCCAAGGUUCCACCACCUACUGGAUCUCUGGCUUUGGCUAGGGGCCUAUGCUGCCCUGCUGGAUAUGUGGAAUAGCACUUGACUGCUGGGCAUGGAUGAGGUUAAGGGUGAGAAGCAUAAUGCCAUGUGUUCUAUACCAUUAUGUGUCUCUUCCUGCCUCUGGGUCCUUAUGAUGAACAUUCGUCAGGGUCAACACCGUACCCCAUCACUGUCAGGCCACUGAGAUUUGUCUAGGUUGCUAUUGGCCCCACUUGGCUUCCCAGUCAAUGAGGACCUCAAGAACUGCCUGUGGACCAAGGCCCCCUGCCAGUGCAUGAGACACACACCUACCUUCCCCAGCCUUCUAGGAACCCUACUGCUUGCCAGACUGAUGGGCCGGUAUGUGACAUGUGCUCACUGUCAUCGUGCUGCGGCUCCAGGCUGCAACAAGGACCAGAGUGCUGUUAACAUGUUGGUGAGGCAGCCCUCAGGGCCUGGCCCAAGAACGUUCACUCAUCUGUUAUUGGUCGCUGACCACACUCGGCACAGGGCAGUCGGAGUUGAACCAGACACUGUCCCUGCCACCAACAAACUUGCGGCCUCGGAAUGGAGUCCUCGAAACGGCCCACGAGGCCUUGAGAAUGUGAACAGAGCGCCGGGGAUGUGGCGAGGCCAGCCCAGGGUCUGCCCGGGCCAGGCUCCUGAGGCCAGCCUGCUUGGCUCUUAGCGGACACCAUCAGCCAAAGAAGAUGGAAAAUAACUCUUGUGUGGGAGUUAAAGCUAUGGCCUCGUAGGCCCGACUCUGCUGUGUUUUACCUUAAGCCAGUCACUAAAUUUUCCUGAGGUUGUUGCCUUAACAGUCAAGCAGAGCUUAUCAAGCUUCCCCACAGAGUGCGUGAAAGCGCUUUAUAAACCAGAACGUGUGUCCGCAGUUGAGCCACCCAGUGAGGCUGGCAGGCAACAGAAUCAAGACGUGUCACCAUGAAGAGAAUGUGGGCUGAGGGGACGCACGGAGUGAGGCGCUGAACUCAGGGAGAGAUCAAGCGCGUCUCUAUGACCCUGAGGGCCACUCUUCAGGGAUAUAGACUGUCGCGGGUGUCUCCUUUCAGCCUAAGUUGGCAGAAAAACGCAGGCUCUCCCGGAUGCUGGGGUCAACCAUCUCUGGGGAUGGGAGUCAACAGUCAAAAUUCCAAUCCCACAUCCCGGUCUAAAGAAAAGACUCAAUUCGUCUGCUUGGUGGUGAUUUUUUCCACUCUCCGAAAGCUCAGUAAUAUUUGACAAACCAGGCUGCAUCACCAUGGAGACGUGAACGGCUGGCGCUUUCUCGGGCGGCACCACAUAGGUGUGGAGGAUGCCCGACUCCGUGGGCCAAUUUCAGACACCGGUGGGGACACAACCCGCAAGAGGGCCCUCCCAGAACUCCCCCCUCGGAUGACAUCGUGGUCUUGUACUCCCAGCCUCAGGAGCCGUGAGAAGACAAACGUCUGUUGUUUAUAAGCUGCCCAGUCUGGGCACUUCAUUAUAGCAGCCCCAACUGACAAAGACACCCCAAACUCAUAUGUUGAAGCCCUGGCCCCAAUGUGACUGCUUUUGGAGAUAGAACCUAUAAGCAGGUAACCGAGACGAAAUGAAGGCCGGGCCCUAUUUGGAUAAGAACCGUUGCCUCACAAAAGAAGGAAAAGAGGGAUUGCUCUCUCUGCACAGGCCGAGGAAAGGCCAGAUGAGGACACAGGGACAAGGCAGGCACCGGCAAAUCAGGAAGAAAGAUCCCACCAACAAACUGAGCUCUGCUGGAACCUUGAUCUUGGCCUUUGCAGCCUCCAGAGUUUGGAUAAAAGAAAUUUCUGUUGUUUAAGCCACCUAGUCUAUGGUAUUUUUAAAUAGCCCAAACUGCAUGUGUGGGCGUGAGCAGAGGAUCCGAAGUCAAAAGCGGGCUCCAGAAGUGUCAGGAGCCAUAGCCAGGGGGAACCGUGGCUGUUUGUGCUCUGUGCUAUCCUUACCUGUGGAGCUUAUCAUGGGCUCUCUGCGGACUUUGGGAAGCCAAGUCACGAGUCUGCGUCCCAGCCUCCUCAUCUGAUAGGUACAGUCGGCUUUAAUGUUCUGUAAUUAUUUGGCCCUUGUAUUCAUUUCCUAGGAUUGCCAUUAACAAAUUACCACAAACUUGGUGACUUAAGACAACAGAAGUUUAUUGUCUCAUGGUUCCGGAAAUCAAGGGGCCACAGGCCAUGCUGCCUCUGAGCCUGUGGGUAGAAUCCUUUCUCGCGUUUCCUGGCACCUGGUGGUUGCAGGCAGUCCUUGGAGUUCCUUGGCUUAUAGCUGCAUCACCCCAACCUCUUCAAGUGGCUUUGUUCUCUGUGUGUGUAUCCAUGGGUCUUCAAAUCUCCCUGUCCUUAGAAGGACUGCACUCAUCGAAUUUAUGGCCAACCCUAAUCCUGAUGACCUUACCUAGAUUACAUCUGCAAAGACCCUAUUUCCAAAGACCAAAGGUCCCAUUCGCAGUUCUGCCAGUUAGAACCUCAACGUAUCUCUUUAGGUGACGCGAUUCAACCCGCUACAGCCUUACCGUAGGUCGACACAAUCAACCUGCCCAAGGCUUGCUGAAUCACCUUGUAGACCGUGUCAUAAGCCAAAAAAGAUGGAUCAUAAUUGGCUGUGUUCACAAACGACGUGAAAACUGGAAACAUGACAUUCAGCUCCUGACUGGUCUCCUGUUAACAGGUCUUACACUCUUCUACCUAUUCUGUUCUGUGCUCUGAGAACAAUGGCAAUAAAAUACAAAUCUAAUCAUGCC